AUGGACCAUGUUUUCAACGUCUUGGAACAGUAUGCAUCUAACCUAGAAGAAGAGGUGGAAGCUAGGAUGAAGGAACUUACAGAAGAGAAAAAGAAGAGCGACAUACUACUUUACCGGAUGUUGCCUAAGCAAGUAGCCGAGCGCCUGAAGAUGGGCCAACCAGUGGAACCGGAAACUUUCGAAUGUGUGACAUUAUUCUUUUCUGAUGUUGUCUCCUUUACUACUCUGGCUAGUCGAUGUACACCGCUACAAGUAAGUCUUGGCUGUUCGCUUUUUACCAUGCGAUAA